UUACAUUCUUUUUUGACAAGUUAUUAAAAUGACUAGCAGUAAAGAGCCCGAAACAGGAUUCAAUGUGUUGAUACAAUUAAAAAACUUUUUUAAUUCCACUUUCCCUCAUGUACUGUAUAACAACUUUUAAAGCAUUACAAUCAGCAUCGAACUAAACUAUAGUUGAGAUUAAUAAUUAAGCUUUUAGGCACAACUAAGUGAUAGACGGGAUUUACUUUAGUAAAUUAAGUGAAUUAUGAGCAAUAUUUGCAGAUUGUGUUUUGAGGAAAAAAGUUCAUUAGAUUUUAUAGUAGAAUUAAGUGAUACAGCAUCAUAUUAUUCUAAUCAAACAUACAAAGAUCUGGUAGAAUAUUACUCAAGAGUUGAAUUGAAUCCGUUGCAAACUCAACUUAUAUGCGAGGAUUGCAGACAAACAGUCGAUAAAUUUGUAGAAUUAUCUAAGAAGAUAGAAGACAUUCAAAGUAGAUUAGAAUCCUUAGAAAUAUCGAAUGAAGAUAAAGUCCAAUAUAUUCAUGAGACCAAAUAUAAUGAUUUGAGAAAUCUUGAUAAUGAGAUCCAGUUAAACAGACGGUCAAAGAAAAUAUGCUCAAAACCAUUAAUUAAAUCGACAGAAUUAAAACAGGAUGAAGCAUUAAAAGUUCAAGAAAACUUAAAAUGCAAAGUAAUUGAAAGAAAGAAUUCAAGUACACAGAGACCACCAAAAAGAAAGAUAGAACAGAGUAAAAAAUUCAGAGAUAAAGUUGACACACUUGAGGAACUCUUUUCAGAUGUCAUAAAUAGAACCUCAAUAUUUACAUCCAAACUUCAUGCUAAUAUUAAUCAAGAUUUUAUUAAAACAACUGGUGAAAUUUCAGAAGAAACUGCACUUAGAGAAGGCUUGUCACAUUUGAGAUGGAAAGAUUUACUAUCUUGUGGACUAUGCUAUACAGAUUUUUAUAAUAUUAAUGACCUCAACACUCAUAUUCAAAGAAUUCAUGGAACACGAAAUAAAGCAUUUGGAUGUAAAAACUGUGAGAUAAAUUAUGCUGCCUUAUUCGAUACCUCUUUAAUAAAUCAUCACAUUGAAAGGCAUUAUAGAGAGCACCUAAAGUUUUGCUGCUUAGUUUGCUCAAAACUGUUUUAUGACAUUCCAUUCUUAGUUAAGCAUUAUAAAGAGCACUGUAAUGUUUAUGAGAUUAUGAUUUGUUAUAUUUGCGGAUUUUAUGCAAAAAAUUUAAAUGAAUUAAAAGAUCAUAAAGCAUAUCAUUUCCAAAUCAAAGGUUCCAAACCCGAAAAUCAAAUAUUAUGUGAAACAGUCUUUAAAAAGUAUCAAAGCGGAGAGGAAGCAAAUACUUUUAAUACAGAAAUUGAAUUAAAUGAACGAAAUUCUGAUGGAACCGUAGUUAGUGAAUGCCAAAAGACUUUUGAAGUAGAUUGGAGUUUUUUCAAGCAAGCUUGUCCAAUACCUUUAUGUUUGUAUCAAACAUUGAGACCAUUUGAAUUAUUCGUUCAUUUGAGAUUAACGCAUGCAAAAGAAUCUAAUCGCGUCAAAAAAGUUUAUUCCUGCAAUAUUUGUCCUGAGAAAAAAGAAUUUAGCGGGAUGCACUAUUUUUAUAAUCACAUGGCCGAGCAUCAUUUUUCUUCCUUAAAGUUUACCUGCAUCGUGUGUAAUCGUCUUUUUUGGAACCUUUUAUCUUUAGCAUUUCAUUAUAAAAACGUUCAUACAUCAUUUACAUCAGUAUUUUGCUGCCAUUGUGGAAAGAUUUAUCACUCGAUUACAUCAGCCGCUAUACAUUACAAGAAAACUAUGAUUUUAAUGAACGACGAAGAGAAGAAGAAAACGUUUGAAGAAGAAAGAACAGACAUCGAGCCCUCUCAUAUCUGCCACGUUUGCGGAAAAGUGUGCAAAAAUCAAUACACUUUAGCUAAACAUCUGACUACUCACGAAGCUGCUGACCCAACAAAAAUGUUGCAGUGUCAAAUUUGUAGUAAACUUUUCAACAGUAAAAAUAAGCUUGCUCAGCACAUGGUAGGACAUAGAAAUCAAAGAAAAUGGAAAUGCUCAGUAUGCGGAAUGUCAUUUAAUUUUAAAAAGUUAUUACAAAUGCACACUCGUGCUGUGCAUGAGUUUGAGAGAACUUUCCUUUGCAAUUUCUGUGAUAAGCGAUUUUUCAAAAAAUACGAUUUAACAGUUCACGUUCGACUUCACACUGGAUUUUUCCCGUACUCUUGUCCCGUUGAUGACUGUGAUGCCAAAUAUCCAGCAUGGAGCAAUCUUUUCAAACACUGUCAGUCCCGUCAUAAAAUGGACAUCAGAUCUGAAGGAUACAAAAAGCUGCGAGCUUUAGCAAAGUGUACAUCUGAUGAGAGUUUACUUAACUAGACUAAGCUCAUGGAUGAGAUAACUACUCAAAUAUUUAUAAAACAGUAUUUUAAUAAAGAGGAUAUUUAUAGACAUAUAUAUACAGCAAGGUCGUUUAUUUUCGAGUUAUGGAAAUUUAUACUAGCUCGUAAAAUCCAAAU